AUGUCGCUGGAGGUCAUCUACGUGGCCCGCCACGGGUUUCGUUCCAAUUGGCUUGUCGACCCCGCGACGGGUGAUUAUAGCUCCUCCAUCAGGUCGCCCACAGGCAUCGCUUCGGAUCCAGCCCUGACAGCACACGGUGUUGACCAAGCAAAGGAACUCGGAGUCCAUCUUUUGACUGUCAGCCCUCCGAUUGAAGCCGUUUACUCGAGUCCGUACUAUCGCUGCCUCCAGACUAUUACGCCCUUCGUGGAGCUCAAGGCUGAGGAGGUGCAACGCCAAACCUCAGCGUCGUCGGUCACUACGGCGGGCGCUACCAAUAUUGCCGGCGAGACUGUUUCGACUCAGUCUGCCGCAACAAGCAUUCGUCCUGAGUCUGGAAUUGCUGAAUGCCAAUGUUUCCCCGGUAUGAUGAGACGUACCGGACCGCUGUGGUUCCGGCUGUCAAGGGCGAAACCAUUGAAGGGCUUUACGAACGCGUCGCGGGCUGGCGUUGGCGCCAUCAUUGACCAGUGCGAUGCCGAAGGCAUACGCGCCGUUGUCCUAUGCUCGCAUGCUGCGACCAUCAUUGCCCUGGGUCGUGUGCUGACAGGGGAAGUUCCCACCACUGUCGAUGUUGAGGAUUUUCGCGCCUUCACGUGCGGGCUCAGCAUUUUCCGACGACGGAAGAACCCCCGGCAGACGACGUCAGAUGUUCUCGCUCAGGGUAUGGUUCCUCACAUAAAACAUGACUCGCCUGCAUCAUUCCCGGCAGAAGGCAUAAGCAACCUUGUUGACGAGACCCCAGAGAAUUCCACUUAUCCAUCAUGGAAGGAUGGCAAAGGUGUGCGUGGAGGCUGGAUCUGCACGCAGAACAGCGAUUGCAGCUUUCUCAGCAGCGGCGAAGAAAGAGGAUGGCGCUUCUCUGGAGACGAAUCUUUCGACGUGGUGGACUCCGGUUCGCAGGCUGAUGCGGGCAUCGCCCUCGGCGUCGUUGUCGAAGGCAAGCCGGCAGGGGAACGGCACCGGCAACAACCGGCGACUCCCCGCAGCUCCGUCGGCGAGCAUCAUCUGUGA